AUGGACGACUCGAGUAUCACGCAGAGCGUGGUCGCACGCGCCGUAACGUUCGCCGAAGAGUCUCGCGAGAGCUGCUGGAAACGGAGCAUCGUAGCGUGUGCGGCUGGAGCGACAAUGGGCGUCGGUCUUGGCACGUUCCUCGGCACGUUUGAAGGCGCGCAUGGAGAAUUGGUGGGCCGCACUAUGCGGCAACAGCUCUACAAUGGCUUUAGGAAGUCGAUCACAGCUGGCUACGUGCGUAGCGUCUACUUCUCCAAGGAGUUUGCGCUAGUUGGAAGCAUCUUUGCUGGCGUCGAGUGCGUCAUUGAGCGCCAACGAGCAAGGCAUGAUAUCGUGAACCCCAUCUUGGCUGGCGGUGUGUCGGGCGGCGUGCUGGGCGCAUGGGCCGCGCGGACUUCUGGCGCAAAAGUGUUGGUGCGGAAUACUGCGAAAGGCGCAGCAGGUUUUGCUGUGAUGGCCGUUGUGUUUGAAAAGGGCAUGGAACUUCUGAUGAAUUAG